CAAAAAUCUUGAAAAGUGUAGCUCGGACUGUUUCCGCUUCCUUUCCAUCGACAGUCCACCACACCCAACGCCGUCACCAUGUCGCUCGUCUCGGGGGAGAAGUCGAACUUUCAGUUCAUUAUCCGUCUUCUAAACACCAAUGUCGACGGCAAGCAAAAGGCCCUCUACUCCUUGACCUCCAUCAAGGGUAUUGGUCCUCGUUUCGCCGACUUGAUCCUCAAGAAGGCCGAUAUCGACAAGAACAAGCGUGCUGGUGAGCUCACCGCCGAAGAGCUUGAGCGUGUCGUCCAGAUCGUCAAGGACCCCGCUGCUUACAAGAUCCCCGCCUGGUUCCUUAACCGACAAAGAGAUAUCGUCACCGGCACCAACUCACAUGCCAUCUCAUCCGCUGUUGACAGCAAGCUACGUGAGGACCUUGAGCGCUUGAAGAAGAUCCGUGCUCACCGUGGUCUCCGACACUACUGGGGUCUCCGCGUCCGCGGACAGCACACCAAGACAACGGGCCGCCGCGGUCGUACCGUCGGUGUGUCCAAGAAGAAGGGAUAAAGAACGACAGUGGUCGUGGCGUAGGACGGUUGGCCCCAGGGAUGGCGUUACGAGCAUGUACCCAAUUGCGAACCAUAUUAUACUGGAUUUCGGCGUACUAGUCUUCGGAGACAAGGGCAUGCUGGACGAGUCCAGAGGUUUCAGGGUUUUAAAAAUGGUUCUUCUACACCCACAUGAAUAAAUAAGCAUAAGCAUGAAUUGACGUUUCCGCCUCCUCCACCGUCCCAAGGUUAUGAGUUAUAUCAAAUGGCGACUAGCAUAGUAGUAAAGAUCUAUGCUUGGUUUCAGUAGAAUCCGGUGCUCUGAGAUAUGGGGUCGAAAUCUACUUUAAUAUGUGAACAUGUGAUUGUAGCGACUCACAAAGACCCAAGGGUUGAGAGUUGACCCGAUGGACAGCAAGUUGUAUUAUAGAUACAGGACUUCAUUAUACCCUUCCUAGUCAUAGUUAUUUUGCAGCAAGGCCUUAAAUAUUGAGCAGUGUCCUAAGUAGGUUGAAUUUCACAAUUUCUAAUCCAUGCUACUACUCUUACCGGUACUUUAGCGUCAAAGAGCAACAUGCAGUCGACACAGGUUGACUAUGAGGCAAGUAUAUGGGGAAAAUUGAAAUAAAUCGUCAGCCGAGAUAUCAUGUGCCAGUCACGAGGAAACAGUUAUAAAAACUACCCUUAUAACACCUAGGUAUUAGUAGAG